AUGUUUGAAGAUAAUGUGUGGGAUGGAUUUGAUGAGAUUGAGAAUGAUGAUCUCAUAGUCCCCCGUUCUGGUAGCCCACAAAAUAAUCAAUUUGUUAUCGAGGGUGAUGGCUGUAAGAAAUCACUUCACGAAUUACGUGGUAUAAGGAGUAGCGAUUGUGUUAGUAGCUAUGGUACUCUGGGUAAAGAGGAAUUAUAUUUGCAAAAUAUGAACCAGAAUGAAAGAAUGCCAGAAAAGGAUUCAUGGUCUGACACACCUGAAGGUGUAUUCUCUUCAUGUGAUGGUGACUCAUACAGAGAAGAAAAAAGGCUAACUUUAGAUGAUACAGGCAUGUCUGACCAUUUUUUCAAGAGCAGCAAUAUAGAUUCUGGUGGCAGUGAGCUUUGUGCAGAUGAUACCAUCUCAGAAAACAAGUGUGUGGUGGAAGAUGAUAGUGCACGCCAACAUCCAAAAAACCACACAUCUCAAGCUGAUAAUGAACUCAGCUUUCUUGAUAAUGAUGGGUGGCUGGAUAUAGGAAACUUAGAAGAUGUUGACAGGAUGUUAAGUUGUGAUUUAACUUUUGGAAUGGAGAGUCUCAAUAAUGAAGAGGAGUUCUGUUGGUUUUCUUCUUCGCAUGGCGCUGAAGGUUCCGAUGAUGCAUUAAUGUCUGACUUAAAGCUUCAUUGUGCAGACAUGAGUCCAUUAAAAAACAUAUCAGGAUACAAUAUGGAUUCCUCCAAGGAAAAUAUUGAUGUUCUUCCGAUCAAUGGUUCGAACAAAAAGUCAUCCCCCGAUGAUAAGAAGAUAAGAUCUCAAACGGGGGUGGAUGUCAACGGUGUUGCUGCUUCGUUAUCAAUGUUCAGUGAAUUAGACACAAAAUCCGGUCAUAAAGAUGCCUUGGUGCCCGAAGAAAAGUUGCAGAAGAAGUUUCCAAAGUCGUCAUCAGGAAAGCGAAAAAUUGGCAAUUCUCCUGAGGAAUAUGGAGAUAUAAAUCAGCACUUUGGAGCCUCUUCUAGUGGAGUUACUUCUCUUGAUAGUAAUCAGAGGCAUAAGCAGAACAUUGAUUAUGAUUCUUUAGGCUGCAUACCGACACAAAUUCCUUUAACGCACCCAGGCUUUAGUCAUGCUCCAAAUCACACUUCCCUCUCUCUGUCUUUCUAUGGACCAGGAGCUGAGCUUGAUGGACAUCAGCCUCCUUUUAUACAAUCAUCUUAUGCUUCAAACACGGAGAGUUAUCAUGGUCACUCUUCGGAGGCUUCUGCCUUGAAAACAAAUGAGAAGAGGGAAAAGUAUCAUAGCCAUGAUGAACACCUCUUAAGUAGGAGUUUCAAAAAUGAAAGAAGGGCAAAUGAAAUGCCAUUUUACAGUCCAGGUUCUUCUCAGCUGGUAGCUCAUCAGUUUGAAAAUGAAAAUGAAGGUCAAAGUAAAGUUCGAGGGGUUAGUCUAGGAUUUUCAUCAGAAAUAGACUCAUCAUCUGUACAGGAAAGCUCACCCAUUAGCUCUGCUCUUGACCAAAACUCGUUUGAAGCAAAUAGCUUUUACCACCUGCAACAGGUGUUGGAUCAGUUGGAUAUUAGAACCAAACUGUGCAUAAGGGACAGUUUAUACCGCUUAGCUAAGAGUUCUGAGCAAAGACAUGAUAAUUCAAGUCCAAAAGGCAUCGCUGAAGAUGGUACUGAAGCAUUCAAAGACACAAUGGCUCAGGAUGCAAGCAGGUGUACAGGGUUCAUGGAUAUUGAAACCAACACAAAUCCGAUUGAUAGGUCUAUAGCACACUUAUUGUUUCACAGGCCCACCAAUCAAUCAACGGUUCUUCAAAAUGAUAUUGCACCUUUCAAAACCAGUUCCGUGAUACAUGAACCAUCUAUCAAUCCAGUAAAGGCUGAGAAUCAGGUCUUUCAGGAAGAUUCUUCUACGGAUGUAGAGAAAAAGCUUUUAGGGGGUAACACCUAG